AUGAGCCGCCCGUCCUCCGCCGGGCCCGGCGCUAGCAAACCCUGCGGCAAGCAGCCGCCGCCGCACGCCCCCGCCCCGGCCGCCGCCGCGCCCGCUCCCGCCGCCGCCACCAUCGCCGCGUCCGGCGCCGGUUCCUCCGCGGUGCCCGCCGCUGCCGCCGUCCUCUCGGGGCCGGGCGGGCCGGUGUCCCCGCAGCACCACGAGCUGACCUCGCUGUUCGAGUGCCCCGUGUGCUUCGACUAUGUGCUGCCGCCCAUCCUGCAGUGCCAGGCCGGGCACCUGGUCUGCAAGCAAUGCCGGCAGAAGCUGAGCCUCUGCCCCACCUGCCGGGGCUCGCUGACCCCCAGCAUCAGGAACCUGGCCAUGGAGAAGGUGGCCUCGGCUGUGCUCUUCCCCUGCAAGUAUGCCACGACAGGCUGCUCGCUGACGCUCCACCACACAGAAAAGCCAGAACACGAAGACAUCUGUGAGUAUCGGCCCUACUCCUGCCCGUGCCCUGGUGCCUCCUGCAAGUGGCAGGGAUCCCUGGAAGCCGUCAUGUCCCACCUCAUGCACGCCCACAAAAGCAUCACCACCCUUCAGGGAGAAGACAUCGUUUUUCUCGCCACGGACAUUAACCUGCCGGGUGCUGUUGACUGGGUGAUGAUGCAGUCGUGCUUUGGUCACCACUUCAUGCUGGUGCUGGAGAAGCAAGAGAAGUACGAAGGUCACCAGCAGUUUUUUGCUAUCGUGUUGCUCAUCGGCACCCGUAAGCAAGCAGAGAACUUUGCAUACAGACUGGAGCUGAACGGCAACCGGCGCAGACUGACCUGGGAGGCCACCCCACGCUCCAUCCACGACGGGGUGAAUGCUGCCAUAGUCAACAGUGACUGCCUCGUUUUUGAUACCGCUAUAGCACACCUUUUUGCUGACAAUGGGAACCUUGGAAUUAACGUGACCAUUUCCACGUGUUGUCCGUGAUAGAUUUGUGUAGUUAGCGAAACGUCGUCUGUCUGGGCACAGUGCUUUAUGUUACUGAGCAUUUUCUUUCUGUUCUGGGUUUUUUAGAUGCUAUUCUGCUAUGUCUUUGUGUAAGUUAAGGUUCCUAACUAGCCAACGUUUAUAAGUUUGGAGAGAAGAGGAACAAGUGUGUCCUGUAAGUAAUAUAAGCGAGGAGAGGUUUUUUAAAUUCUUGGGUGCCUUAGGAAGAUUUUCCCCACACACAGACACCUUUUUAAAUGUAAUUAAUUUUUAAAAAAAGAGUGCUUCCAUUGGACACGUGGCUUGAGAGGUGUGAAGGACUGCAUUCCUGUUUAGAGCGCACCUAGAAACCCUUUCAAGCAGGAAAACAGACUUGUUCUCACCAGUGAACUUCGGGAGUCUUUAGUAGGUGGGAAAAGAAGAAAAUCCAAGCAGCUUAUCACAAGAGAAAAGGCUCAAAGCAUAUCAAGAGGUACUUCAGCAUUGCUAUUCCACUUCCUGCUGCCUUAUUUAAAAGGAUGGGCACUGGGUCAUUUGCUGCCUUUUUAAAAGAAGAGGGAGAAGGGAGGACUGGAGGACUGGGGUGAAGCCCAGCAGGUCUCAGAGCAUGGGAAUUGCCGGCUGUGGUCUGUGUGAGGGGUGUGAGGGAGCCCUGCACACAGCACAGCUACUCCCAGCCAGGUCCUGGUGAUGGCAGAGGGCACACAGCAUAAUAUUCCCAGAUAGCUAGAGCCAGUAAUGCAGAAAUAUAUUCAGGCUGUCCACGUACAGCUUCCCUUGGAGACAUACUUGGUCAUUAUAAAAUAUUAGAAUAAUACAGCAAGAGCUUUAUGGCCAGUGUCAUGUCAUUUGCUAUUUAACUUUUGUUGCCAUAUUUACUUUUAUUUUGUAAUAAAUAUUUUGCAAAAAUGA